UGCAUAUCUCCAGUCAAACGGCUGUUGUAAAUCAUAGCAAGCCUGCUACUUUGAAGCUACUGUCAUGGAUAUAGAAGAAGCAAUGUGUGAUUCAUUUAUCAUUGAAUUGUUUACCAAAGACGGAAAUAGUCAGCAGAACAGCAACUCCCAUUUCUGUGCGGAUGGAGUACUAUGGUUUGAAAUUUUGAUGAGGUGUGACAAUAACUCUUUACUGCGAGCUGAGUUGACUUGUCAGCUGUUUCGUCGCAUAUUAAGCACUCCUCAGUUUUGGCUCGAGAAAUGUGGGUAUGACGGCGUUGCACUGCCUUCCUUACUCUGGAGAAAGUACUUCUAUGAGGGAUAUGAUACACCAUAUGAUCCAUGUGACACUGGAAAACCAUCUGAGCUGUGUGCAUUUGAUUAUAAAAAGAUUUGCAUUGGUCGGCCUUUCGAUCGCAAUCUCGCUUGUAUUCUCAAUAGCUCCUGCACAAUAGAUAGUUUGAGGAAGAAAGGAAUGGUGUUUAGUAGCGACGGUGAUGGAAUAAUAAUAGAGCAACCCCCAGAGGGCAUUGACUCAGAUGAGAUCUCCAUCUGUUUUGCAACCAGUUAUGAAUGGUGCAGCCGGUACUUUGAGAUUGAUUUGAACAAAAUAGGUGUACAGGGCAAGUGA